AUGUCCUGUUGGCGUGUCCUUGAGCUUUCCGAGCUGCCCGCCGGCCAAGUCGUUCCACAACUCCUGGUCAAACCAGAAUUCGGACCAGACUCUUACUCGGUCCAUCUCACGUGCCUCAGCAACAUCUGGAGCGAGGAGCUGGACCUGGCGGGCAUUGUGCAGCGCGCCGCCGAGGAACAAUCGCCAAUCGAAGUCAGCAAACGCGAUACGGCGCAGCUUGCCAUCCUGCUUGCCAAUGUCAAAAAAUCUCUAGACCAUUCGGAUGAUACAAUUUGCUGGAUAACCCGGGCUGACAGCGACGGCAUAACGCUGCAUACCACCAUCGCCCUUCCCAAACCCCUCGACUCUUUGACUUGGAAGUUCCAUCUCAAGAAACAGGCCUCGUUCGUUCUAAAGAACGAACUCAUCUUGCCAUUGCUUCUCUCUUCGCACGUCCAACAUGAGCGAGUCGAUGGUCUCGUCUCAAUCAUCAAGGACAAAGACAGGGCAAUCACUCGACUCGUCGAUCAGUACGAGUCUAGCAAUCUGGAUCUUGCAGCCGCUUUCCCCAUCAUCAGCGGCUUGAAAUCAGGCAGGAAGGUCGUCAAGCGCGAGCAAGCUGCGAGGCACAUUCCCGCCCUACAGCUGUUCCGGGAAGAUGCGUUCAAGCAAGAGACCGGGCAAUUGGUCCACUUGCAUGUCAGUACCCUUGGCUUGUUUCAAGAAGCCCUCUCCGACUGUAGACCUACCGUACCACCCCAGUUGAAGUCAAGUGACGUAGAUGUGAGUUGGUGGAUUGGCAUCCCGGCACGUAUCAGUGGCGUCAAGAUUCCUGCAAAAGGCAGAAACAGGCAAACUGUUUCUAGCACAAAACCGAUCAAGCCUGUUGCUGAGUCCAGUGGAGAUGAAACCGAGGAUGAAUUUGAGACUCAUUCCAAUUUCAAGACCCGGAAUCUCAAGGCCCCCAUAACUUCAGACGAUGCGACAGAGGACGACGAGGAUCCUGAUGCCCCUCUGAGGAGCCAGAGCCAGAAGUCAAGUCAGAAUGCUAGACGGCCACCACCAUCUCGCAUCAAAUCGCCCACGCCGGAAGCGUCCUCUCCCCCAAAAAGUGCUACUCCGCCAGAGCCAAAGCCAAAGGCAAAGGGCUUCCGUAUCGGCGGAAAGACCAAAGAGAUCGUAACGCAGCCGCAGGAUCACCUGGAUAACUUGCCGGAUGGAGAUGCCUUGCCACUGAAGGAGUCAGGUUCUUCCCAGACGAUUGCUGAUGUUGACUUGACCCCGAAAAAAGGAAAAAGGACAUUCAAGAUCGGUGGAAAAGGGAAGGGGAAGGGUGACGUGGGCGGUAGCUCGCAGGUCCAAGACACAGCUCCACCGAUGGUUGACCGAACCAGAGCAACGCGAUCACCCAGUACGCCUCCUCCUUCGUCACCACCAGUGUCUCGGUUCGGUAGAAUAAUAUCCCCCGUGAUAGAGGAACGUGAGGAGACAGCAGAAGAAAAGGCCGAAAGGAGACGAGCCGAGCUCAAGCGCAAGACUGAAGAAGCGGCUAAGAAGCAGGCCCAGAGCAAGAAGAAGAGACGAUUCUAGACGACAUUGCGGAGACAUUAUACCCUUUUGAUAAUUUUCUUGCUUUGAAUAAUUCAACGUUCCAGUGUAAAUGUACUGUUCCGGGUUUCUUCGUGUAAUCAAGGCAAUCUCAGAUUAGACGCAA